AUGAUUGUCAGUCGCUUCCCUCAAUUUCCACAUUACGAGAUAUCUAUCGCGCUGUAUGAGGAUGUGACCAAUGUGGAGGAACUUAGAGCAAAAGCCAAUUCGUCAUUGCCGUUUGCACUGAUCAAUGCCUCCCUGGUUUUCAGUGUCGAGCAGUUGUACUCAGCUGUAUACCGAGUAUUAAUAGAGCAUACAUAUAACAAGAUACAGACAGCGUCGUUCAGCUCUGAAUGUCUCUUGCGGUUGUCAGCGUCAACAAAAGUCUCUGAAAGUCAGAAGUUUGGCUUGAAAUAUCCAUCAAAUAGAAUAAUUUGCGUCAAUAUAGAAGAGACAACCGAUGACUCGAUAGAGAGACCUGAUGAGACUAUUUUCGAGCUUGUCAAAGGUAAAUCUGCCGUUUUGGAGGAUGAGAAUCUCUCAAAAAAAUGUGAUGCAGAUACUUUAAGGAAGAUAUACAAAUUAGAUCAAACCUUCCAACCCGAGCGCCCUGAUGAAUUUUCAAGAGCUCUAGUCAAUGCUAUUCAAUUAAGAGGUUUGUAG